CCCACCAUAAUUUUUCCCAGCCGAGCCCACUUGUCUGUAAACCCUUCUCCUCUCUCGACCUCGCUCUCGCUCGCUGCUCACCCUCGCUGCCUCUCGCUCUCUGCCUCCUCUUCUCUUGCUCGUCCGCUCGUGCUUGCUCUCGAUCUCUGCCUCCCUCUUGCUCUCGCUAGGGCUCGGCCUGGGCCCUCUUGCUCUCGCUCGCCCUCGCUCUCUGCCUCUCUCGCCCUCGCUGCCUCUCGCCCUCGCUCUCUGCCUCUCUUGCUCUCGCUCGGCCUCGGCCUCGGCCCCUCUCGCUGCCUCUCGCCCUCGCUCUCUGACUCUCGCCCUCGCUCUCUGCCUGACUGCCUCUCUCUUGCUCUCGCUCGGCCAGUCGGCUUCGCCCUCUUGCUCGCUGCCCUCUGAUUCAGGUCUUCGUUUUACCCCACCCCCCAACUUCCAGAUUUGCUUCAUUCGAUCCCAGCUGUACAGCACAUUCAUUUGCAAUUCAAGAAUUGAUCUUGCUUUCUAUGCUGUUCAAUUGCCUCUGAAGGCUUGGCUGCUGGAAGGGCACAGUAACUGCAUCUCAAUUGGGGACCGGGAUCAACUAUCAAAGGCUUCCAGCUGUGUUGUUGCUGUUACUUCUGCUGCUGUUAUGUAUUCCAACUCCCUUCAAACUGUCGAUGUUUACUGGGGGGGCUACUGCCUGUCUUCUAGGAGCCUUAAUAAAAGCCUUAAAAAGAACGCACCAAAUUUUGUUUCUGCUUGUAAACGAGAAUUGCAUCAGGAUCUUUCCAGUGCAUCUUCUGAGGUUGAUAAUCUGCUAGACACCGUGAAAUGGGAUGACAAAGGUUUGGCAGUUGCAAUAGCUCAAAAUAUUGACUCAGGAGCCAUCUUAAUGCAAGGGUUCGCAAAUAGGCAUGCACUGGCAAGAACCAUUUUCUCUCGUAAAGCAACAUUUUACAGCAGGUCACGGUCAACAUUAUGGACAAAGGGGGAGACCUCCAAGAAUUUCAUUAAUGUUCAUGACAUUUUUCUUGAUUGUGACCGGGACUCUAUAAUAUAUCUUGGGAUGCCUGAUGGCCCUACUUGCCACACGGGAGCAGAAACUUGUUAUUACACCUCAGCUUUUGAUUUCCUGAAGAAUUCGGAGGCCAAGGAAAGCAGGUUGGCUUUGACAACUCUGUUCUCAUUGGAAUCUGUGAUUUCCAAGCGGAAAGCAGAGCUUUCAGGACAAGAAAAUGAGAAACCGUCGUGGACAAAACGGUUGUUGACUGACGACAAGUUAUUGUGCUCGAAAAUUCGGGAAGAGGCAGGCGAGUUGUGCCGAACACUGGAGGAGGAGGAGGAGUCGUCGCGGACAGCCUCGGAAAUGGCGGACGUGCUUUAUCAUGCCAUGGUUCUGCUGUCUCGCAGGGGUGUUAAAGCAGAGGAGGUCUUGCAAGUGCUUAGAAAUCGAUUUUCACAAUCAGGCAUUGAGGAGAAGAGAAGUCGGUAACCACCACAACAAUAAGCAUUGAGCAAAUAGUUGUCACAAAUUUGUCUCAUUUUUGUAAGCAUAUGAUAUAUAUUCGUAAUUUACAAAACUAUUAAUCGUCUGAUUAGACAUCUUAUUUGUGGCACAAACCCGUAAAAGUGAUUCCAUGGGGUUUUGUUCAUCAAAAAAUAUAGGCACAAGGCAGAAACGUACCCCUCGUGAUGUAGGACAACAAUAAUUCUGCUCACAUUCUCAUCUCUCUUGGUCACAUUUUCAACAUUUUUACAAUUGUUAUUGCAGCUAUAUAA